AUGAGUUGCCAACCUUUUACUUCGGCUGACACCUUCAUACCUCUUAAUUCGGAGUCUUCUGCAGCUCUGCCUCUGCUAAUGCACCACAGCGCUGCCGAGUGCCUACCGGUCUCCAACCACACCACCAAUGUGAUGUCCACAGUCCCGUCUAUUUUGUCUUUGAUCCAAACUUCUAAAUGUUUGUGCACAUAUUUCUCGGUGACAACAUUGGGAAACACAGCAACUGGACUUCAUUACUCUGUUCCUUCCUGUCAUUACGGAAAUCAGCCAUCAACCUACGGAGUGAUGGCAGGCAGCCUGGCGCCCUGCCUCUACAAGUUCCCCGACCACGCCCUGGGCCCCGGCUUCGCGCCCCCCCAGCCCCUCCUGGCCGAGGACCCCGCGGCCGCCCAGUUCAAGCAGGAGCUCCGGCGAAAAAGCAAACUGGUGGAAGAGCCAAUAGACAUGGAUUCUCCGGAAAUUCGAGAGCUGGAGAAGUUCGCCAAUGAGUUUAAAGUGAGAAGAAUUAAGUUAGGAUACACCCAGACAAAUGUUGGGGAAGCCCUGGCAGCUGUGCACGGCUCCGAAUUCAGUCAGACAACUAUCUGCCGAUUUGAAAACCUGCAGCUCAGCUUCAAAAAUGCAUGCAAACUAAAAGCAAUACUAUCCAAAUGGCUGGAGGAAGCCGAGCAAGUGGGAGCUUUAUACAAUGAAAAAGUGGGAGCAAACGAAAGGAAAAGGAAACGGAGAACAACCAUAAGCAUUGCUGCAAAAGGUGCCCUGGAGAGACACUUUGGAGAGCAGAAUAAGCCCUCCUCCCAAGAGAUCAUGAGGAUGGCCGAAGAACUGAAUCUUGAGAAGGAGGUAGUAAGAGUUUGGUUUUGCAACAGAAGGCAGAGAGAAAAACGGGUGAAAACAAGUUUGAAUCAGAGUUUAUUUAGUAUUUCCAAGGAAAAUCUUGAAUGCAGAUAA